AUGAAUAAUUUUAAAUAUCAAACUUUAUGCUAUAAACAUAAAGGAUAGGGAAUUACUUUGGAAUCAGACUUAUCUAAAUUAAAAAAUAAAAUUUAAUGUUAGGAAUGUCUUGCAGAAUAAAAUUAGAAUAAAGAUAGUCUCAAUUAUCAAUUUAGAUAACAGUAACCAAAUAAAAUCAAAACUUAAACCUUUACGAUAAGUUAUGAUAAAAAACCAUUUUCAUACGUCUUACAAGCUAAAUAAACAAAAAAAUAAGAUGAAAAUUCUUAUGCUAUUGAAUUUAAUAAUGAUAUGACGUUACUGAUUGUUGGAUGUAAUUAUCGCAUAAAAAUUUUUUAAUUAAAUUAAGAGAAUCUUAAAGAAGUUUAAGCUCUUGAAGGGCACAAAAAUAAUGUACAUUAAAAAUUGAAAUGGUUUUAGAAAUUUGCAGAUUUUAAUUAGAUAUCUAUUAUUUAAAUCUAAUCUCUUUAAAAUUUAUGA